GGGUACAGAUGCUGGCCUAUGCAGACGUUUGAUAUUUAAGCAGCUGUAUUUUUCUUUCUACAUUACUCAACGAGUAUCAUCUGAAUACUCAUUAUGGCGAGUUCUAUGGUACUCUCAGCACUGUGUGUCUUCGCUAUCGUGCUGGCUGCAAGUGCGGAGGACGCACUUUCAGUCAUCAAGGUGGAUCCUUGCAAGGAUGGAUCGACGAACAACGUGAAGGAGGUCCGCAUGACUCACUGCGGGUCUCUUCCAUGCGUUGUUAAACUGGCAGACAAGCCUCGCUUUGAAGUUGACUUCGUCGCAGAAAGGAACUCCAAUGUGAUGCGCCUCAAGGUUCAAGGUCAGAUUGGAUCACUGAAGCCGGAGAAUUUCCCUGGCUUCAAGAGCGACGCGUGCAGCCAAAUGGGUGUUGAGUGCCCACUUGUGGCCGGAAAGCAGUACACUGCAAAGUCUCAGCUCACGAUGUCUCCCACAUUUCCACCCACAAAAGUAAAGGCCAUUUUUAAAGCUGUGGAUGAGGGAGGAGAGCUCUUCUGCUUCAGUGUUCCAGUAGAGCUGAAGGGCUAAGCUUGUUCAAUUACUCGAGACAAAAUAAAAUUUGAUUGAUGUUAAA